UUUACUAAAAAGGGCAUAAUUGUCAAUUCAAAGUCUUCUGCUUACAAGGUGUGUUUAGGGUUUACAGCCUUACAGGUAGACGACGAUUCGCCCCGACUCCAAAUUUCAAAUCUUCAUAUGGUGUUUGGUUUCGGUUACUGGUGAGCCUUCUCCGUACUGUGAAGUCCUGAUAAAAGGGGAAUAAUGGCGACGAGUUCUUUUAACGGCAACAUGAAGAAAGCACUUGCUGGCCUGAGACGAAUCAAUUUGGAAGGUUUGCGAUGGCGAGUAUUUGAUGCCAAAGGCCAGGUUCUUGGGAGGUUAGCAUCUCAAAUUUCUACUGUGAUUCAAGGCAAGGAUAAGCCAACAUACACACCAAAUCGUGAAGAUGGGGAUAUGUGCAUCGUGCUUAAUGCAAAGGAUAUCUCUGUCACAGGAAGGAAACUUACUAAUAAGUUUUAUCGUUGGCAUACCGGGUAUAUAGGUCACUUGAAAGAAAGGAGUUUAAAGGAUCAGUUAGCAAAGGAUCCUACAGAAGUCAUACGCAAAGCAGUCUUGCGCAUGCUUCCAAGAAACAAAUUGCGUGAUGAUAGAGAUCGAAAACUAAGGAUAUUUGCUGGUGAUGAGCACCCUUUCAAUGACAGGCCUCUUGAACCUUAUGUGAUGCCGCCUCGGCAAGUACGAGAAAUGCGGCCUCGUGCAAGACGAGCCACAAUUCGGGCUCAGAAGAAGGCUGAACAGCAACAGCAGGGAACUACUGAUACAAGAAAAAAGAGAAAGAAGGAAGUUGAGCCGGAAGUGAGUGUACGAGGAGUGCAAGUCAUCUCUGAUUUGACAUAUAAAAAUCAAGCUUGAUGCAGGCAUAGCAUUCUUACAUGCUGAAUGCUUGGACUUUCUAUGGCCAUCAGGGAAAUGGUACCAAUUUGUUGUAGUUCCCUCCAUUAGAAUCUCUUAAGUCAUUAUCAUAAGGAGGCCUUUCAUUUCCAGAAAAGGCUUUUGCUUGGGCUGAAUUCAGUUUUUAAAACUUGUUUUGGUUGGCUAUACAGUUUGUUUCAAACACAGGAGGAAAACUUAGUUUAACAGGAGCUGUAUGUUCAAAAUGGUAAGAGGAGGUGAUCUUGUAUCUAGAAA